AUGCCGCUGAUUGCACAGAACCCUCAGCCUCGGGUCAUCCUGGGCUUGAUGACUUUUGGCCCGGACGAGUCCAAAGGGGCCCGCAUCACAUCACUCGACGAGUACAAGAAAUGUCUCGACUACUUCCAACAACAAGGCUUCAACGAAAUCGACACCGCCCGAAUCUACGUGGGGGGCGAACAGGAGGCGUUUACAGCCAAGGCUCAGUGGAAGGAGCGCGGGCUGACCCUCGCGACCAAAUGGUAUCCGAUCGAAGCCGGUGCCCACAAACCCGCAGUGGUGCGCGAGAAGCUCGAGCUAUCUUUGAAGGAGUUGAACACCGACCAAGUCGAUAUCUUCUACCUUCAUGCACCGGACCGCUCGGUGCCAUUCGCAGAGACUCUGGAAGAGGUCAACAAGCUGCACAAGGAGGGUAAGUUUGUGCAGCUGGGCCUGAGCAACUACACGGCUUUCGAGGUUGCCGAGAUCGUCACAACAUGUGCGGAGCGGGGCUGGGUGCGUCCGACUAUCUAUCAAGCCAUGUACAAUGCCAUCACUCGCAACAUCGAGACCGAACUGGUACCUGUUUGCCGACGCUACGGCAUUGAUAUUGUGGUUUACAAUCCUCUGGCGGGAGGUCUGUUCUCCGGAAAGUACAAGACCAAGGAUGUUCCUGCGGAGGGGCGAUACAGCGAUAAGCACGGGACCGGCAACAACUACCGGAAUCGGUAUUUCCGCGAUGCCAACUUUGAGGCUCUGAGUUUGAUUGAGCCCGUUGUGGAAAAGCAUGGACUGACUCUGAUCGAGACGGCUUUGCGGUGGGUGCGGCACCAUUCGGCUCUGAAGAUGGAUGGGGACGGUCGGGACGGAGUCAUUGUUGGCGUCAGCAGCUUCAAUCAGCUCGAGAGCAAUCUCAAGGAUUUGCAGAAAGGUCCUUUGCCAGAGGAGGUGGUGAAGGCUUUGGAUGAGGCCUGGAUGAUUGCGAAGGCUUACUCUGCCAACUACUGGCAUUUGGAUCUGAAGUACACCUAUGAUACUCAGGAGGCGCUCUUCAAACCCAAGCCCAAAGUCUAA